AUGAUGGCAGAAACGCCAAUAUCUUCAUUACUUCGUCGACAAUCUACUCAACGAAAAAAAGUUAAAUUUACCAGAAUAUACGAACCACAUCUUCAUCAACAAGCAAUUGUGGAUGAUGUCAAUGAAUUGAUAAAUGAUCGUAUACCAGAAAAUGAUGUUCCACGAACAAGUUCAAGAAUAUCAGUUCAUUGGAAAUCGAAUCGAGAAGAUAAGAUGACUGUCAAACAUCAAAUUAAUACCGAUACUGAACAAUUUGAUGCAUUAUUUGCACGUUCAAAUGCUUCAUCGCCACCUUCACCACAUCCUCGUUGUUAUAGUUCAACGACACCUGUUACUAUUCCAUUUCAAAUAUUUACCGAUACAUCAUUACAUAAUUAUGCUAAAUCUCAACCACAUUUAACAUCAUCUCCUUCACGUUCAAUUAAACUAAUAGAUGUUGUUCGUCGACAAUCAAAUGCAUCAUCAACAAAAAGUCAACAAUCAAAUGUAACUGUAUCACCAAAUUCAGCACAAACAAAAAGAAAAAAAUUUUUCUUAACUCAUGCCGCACAAGUUUUUCUUCAAUCAUCAAAUUCCCAAAGCGAACAGUUAGGACCAUUAGCACGGUCGUGUUCUUAUAAACGUCCUCAAUCGAUAAAAAAAUAUCGACAACAAAAGAAGGGAAAAGAAAAAGAACAGAAAGAACAGAAAGAAUAUUCUUCUUCUUCUUCUCCACGCAAAUAUAGCACGUAUAACAAUAAUAUUCUUCACACAGUUACUUCCGAUUCUACUCGCAAAUCGGUUAGUAGUGGUGUUCCAUCAAGAAUUUCUGCAACUGAUCUUAUGGCAACUGUUGAUCCACAUGAUCAAUGGUCAAGUCCCAAAGCACUUCGAUCAGGACGAGUUGGCUCAUUACCACUGGAUCAAUUAUUACAAUUACCUCAUGAUGGAGAUGAAGAAAUCUAUCGUGUAAGACAAUUUCAUACAACAUCAAAGGGAUUUGUUAAUCGAGGUGAUUCAUUUAAACGUUCAUUUAAACGAAGUGGUUCGACAAGUCGUCGUAGUUCAUUUCGUAAAAGUGAUCGUACACCAUCACAAGAACAUGUUAAUGAGUCUAUUCAAUUAAAUAAUGAAAUGCGUACAAGUUCAAAUUCAUUAACUGUUUCUAAUAUAACACCGGCCGGACCUAAUCUCAAUGGAAUACUUGAUAACAAUUUUAUUGAUUCAACUAUCGAGAACAUUUCAACAUCACCAGCAAUUGAUGAUGAAAAUGAUGAGGAUGAUGAUGAUAAUCUACUUGUUGAUCGUAUUGAAACAGAAGAUGGUCGUGUACAAGAUAUACGUGUUUAUCAAGUUUAUUUACUUGGUAUGAGUGGAACAGGAAAAUGUUCACUAUUAAGACAAUUUAAAACAACAGAAUAUCGAGGCAUUUAUGAAUAUUCAAGUUCAGUUGAAGAUGAUCCUGACAAUACUGUAUCAAUAAUGCUCGAUGGAAUUGAAUCUCGUUUACAUAUAAUUAACAUCGAUGUUGAUCUUAAAAUAACUGGCGUUGGAGGUGAUGCAUGUGUUGUCGUAUAUUCGAUAACUGAUCGCCAAUCCUUUCAAACAGCAAUUCAAUUAAUAAAACAUAUUCGUGAAAAAGAACUAACCGAUAAUAUAUCAACAAUAAAACGUUCUAUACCAAUUAUUUUAGUUGGAAAUAAAUCUGAUCUUGUACGUAAACGAGCUGUAACAAAAGAAACUGCUCGUCAUGCAGCCUUUCGAUAUGAUUGUAAAUUUGUCGAAACAUCAGCUGCAAUUAACGAUAAAGUUGAUGAUUUACUUGCUGGUACAUUGAAACAAAUACGUAUAAAUGAACAAAAACGUUUUGAACAACGACGUCGUUUAACUGUUACGAAUGGUGCAAUCGAUAUUACGGAUGUUAAUGCUGAUAAAUUAUCUGAUUCAGCUAUACGAAAAAAUUCAACCGUAUAUAAUCGAAAUUCUAAAAAUGUUUUUUCCAAAUUUUUAAAUGUUUUCCGAAAAAAACCAUCAAGAUUACCAGCCGAUGUGGAAAAUUUAAAUACAGAUAUUCGUUAA